GACGAAGAAGAGAGAAAACACUUGUGACUGUGCUUCUUCUCCUUAUGCUUCUUCUCAUCUUCGUAAUCCUCUUCUUUCAAUUCAAACCAUGGCGCUUCUUGUUCUCUUCUCGUUUUCGCUUUUCCAUCAACAACAAACAGGGUUCUAUUGGUGGUGAUUUAGAAAGACCACUUGUUGAAGAUGAUGUAAACACUUCUUCUUAUAAUAAUCAGCAUAAUCAUGAAUUGUCUAGAGAUUAUAAUCUUGAAGGUGCAUGUUAUCCUAAUGAAGUUAAUUUUCGUUCUCCAAGAACACAAUGACAUGGACUUGUUCAUAAACAAAGGCUUCAUUAUCAUUCGGUUUCACCUAAUUUUCCACAAGGUGUUGUUGGUGGUGAUACUUUGAUGUCGGUCAAAUAUUUAAGCUACCUCCCCCACCUCUUUUAGCUCAAAUUCAUCAAAAACCUAAUAAUAAUAAUUAUUAUCAGAAUGAUAGAUUGCAAGAUUUUGUGCAAAGAGAUAUCAUUGAUCAAAGUAAUUACUUUGUCGAUAAAUACUGCACAAAUUUUCAGAUCCCAAUUUUUGCCACGGUUAAACCGUGGCUAAUGUUUACCAGAAAACUUUUUUUCAACUAUUUCGGUUUACACUUAUUACCGGAAAACUUAGUGAAAAGUGUUCCGAAAAAUCUUCCUUAGCCACGAUUUAACUGUGGCUAAAUGUUUAAAAUUAAUUUUUAAAAUUUUUGGAAGGGAUAAAAUGAGAAUAUUGAUUUGUUUGUAGGGGUAAAGGGUUAAAUGUUGGGGUAGGAAAAAAAAAUUUCUAAAUUAAAACUUAAACACCUAUAAAUCCAGUAACACCUCAACAAGCAUUUCUGAGGAAAAUUUCGCCAUAACAAACAUUUUCCAUAUUUUAUAGGUAAAUGAAUUAGGUUUGAUGUAUUCGUUACCAAAUCAAAUUUGGCUCCUAACUGACUGAAGUUGGGUCCUUUCCAAAAACAAACUUACGUUGGCACCUAUACUAGCAACAAGUACGUUUUAAUGUUUUAUACUUUUUUUUUUGUUUGACUGUAUAUACUUCGUACGAAAAGCAUACAUUUUGUAUCCAAAAAUAAAAUAAAAUUAAUUACCAUGUCUCUAGCGAGAACUUUUUGGGUUGGGUUGGCAUGCUGGCCUGGAAUCUGGUUGUGCCCUCCUGAUCAUGGAAUUAGGAGGAAUACCUUGAUUAGGCGGAGUUUUGUUCGUGAUUAUGGAAUUAGGAGGAAGGGUUUGAUUAAGCGGGGUUUUAUUUUUUGUGUUUAUUAUGUAUUUCUUAUUUACCGGGCUUUGUUCAUCUUGUGCAGAGAUCGGAUUAUUAAUAUAUUUGUCGUUCAAAAAAUAAAAAUUACUAUGCACCGAUGGUAUAAUUUUUCAUAUUUGUAUUCAAUGAAAUUACAUCAACUUUUAUAAGUUUGCUACGUGUAAAAUAAUUUUAUAUUAUUGGUGUACACAAAUUAAAUUAGAAAAAAACAUACAUUUUUUUUGUGUAUAUAUUUAAUUAUCAGUAAAACAUAUAUAAAUUAGAAAACUCAUUAACCAUUUGACUUAAAUGUUUUGGUUAAAUUUGUUCAUUUUUUUUUUUUUUGUCAAAUAACUUAAUGACUAGAAAAUCUAUUUAAAAGUGAAUAAACGGAGUGUCGGGGUUCGAACUCCGACUGUUGCACAUAUAGUGCAAUAUCUGUACCAAUUAAGCUAAACUCUGGGAUCAUUCUUAUUUACUUUUACAUUUACGGUACUUUGUCAACCUGAUGUACAAAAUGAUGAUGAAUCCGAAUGGAAAUGAUUGAUGUACAUUUAUGAAAUCAAGAGCGAGUCAUUCGUCAAAUUUCUGAAUGCACAUCCGUUCCUAUAAAUAGAACGCACUACCUUUCUAUUUCCCUUCCUCUCUCUCUCACAUUUUCUGUUACAACUAACAAACAACUUGCGGUUCUUCUUCUUCUUCUACCUUCUCACUCUAAGCACCACACAUUUGAAAUGGAAACCUUCCUCUUCACCUCAGAAUCUGUAAACGAAGGUCACCCCGAUAAGCUGUGUGAUCAGGUUUCAGAUGCCAUCCUUGAUGCAUGUUUAGAGCAAGACCCAGAAAGUAAGGUGGCCUGUGAGACAUGUACAAAGACUAACAUGGUUAUGGUCUUUGGUGAGAUCACAACCCAAGCUAAGGUGGACUAUGAGAAGAUAGUUAGAGACACUUGUAGAGGAAUUGGAUUUGUAUCAGCUGAUGUUGGUCUUGAUGCUGAUCACUGCAAAGUUCUAGUCAACAUUGAACAACAGAGUCCUGAUAUUGCUCAGGGAGUUCAUGGUCACUUGACCAAAAAACCAGAGGAAAUUGGUGCUGGUGACCAAGGCCACAUGUUUGGCUAUGCCACAGAUGAAACACCUGAGCUAAUGCCACUCACUCAUGUGCUUGCUACUAAACUUGGUGCAAAGCUCACUGAAGUCAGAAAGAACAAAACAUGCCCAUGGCUUAGACCUGAUGGUAAAACCCAAGUGACAGUUGAGUAUCAGAAUGAUAAUGGAGCCAUGAUUCCAAUCCGUGUACACACUGUCCUCAUCUCUACUCAGCACGAUGAAACUGUCACAAAUGAAAAAAUUGCUGCGGAUUUAAAAGAGCACGUGAUAAAACCUGUUAUCCCAGCUAAAUACCUUGAUGAUAAGACUAUUUUCCAUCUCAAUCCCUCUGGUCGGUUUGUGAUUGGUGGACCUCAUGGAGAUGCAGGACUCACUGGUAGGAAGAUCAUUAUUGACACCUAUGGCGGUUGGGGUGCUCAUGGUGGAGGUGCCUUCUCUGGCAAGGACCCAACCAAGGUCGACAGAAGUGGUGCUUAUAUUGUUAGGCAAGCAGCCAAAAGUGUGGUAGCUUCAGGGCUUGCAAGACGUUGUAUUGUGCAAGUUUCUUAUGCAAUUGGAGUCCCAGAGCCACUUUCUGUAUUUGUUGACACAUACAAAACAGGAAAGAUUCCAGACAAGGACAUCUUGGUUCUGAUUAAGGAGAGUUUUGACUUCAGGCCAGGAAUGAUUUCCAACAAUCUUGACCUCAAAAGAGGUGGAAAAUUCAGGUACCAAAAGACUGCUGCUUAUGGCCAUUUUGGACGUGAUGAUCCUGAUUUUACCUGGGAGACUGUCAAGAUACUCAAGCCCAAGGCUUGAAUUAACAUGCCACCGUAGCUUUUAUACAGGUGGUUAUCAUCGUAGCCAUCUUUCAGAUUUUGGGUGGAAAGAAAAUAAAGGAGCUUCAUUGCCUAGAUAUGUUUCAGAGAUUGGAUGAGAAAAGGAAAUAGAAAUGACGAUGUCAUGUCUCAUAGUUGGACUUGUUAGCACAAUAGGAGUAUGCGGCAUUAGCUACCUUGGUUGUUUUUGGUUUUACCACUUCAUUUAAAUUUCAUUACUGUUAAGGGUUGUAUUUUCCUGUCUUUUGUCUUUCUAUUGAUUGUUUCGCAACCAAACUUGUGUGUUAUUGGUGUAAACUCGGGAUGUUAUUGAUUUGAUGUUAUCAUUUUUUUCAUCGGAGUCAAUUUAUGAAAUUGUUUAUCAGCUUUCCUACA